GAAGAGACGGGCCAACGUUUCAACCAGGUAAACAGAAACCUAACGACAAACUAGUUUGGAUUUUACUUUCCUUCCCGAACGGCUCGAACACUUUCAGCGCAGCUCUGACAUGUCUGAAGUGAGCAACCAGCUGCCAGCAGACCCCAUCUCUGCAGUCGGAGUAAUCGCCUCGCUCAGCAAGGCCCCUGAUGGCUACUGUGUUGUUGCACAAACAACAGAUGGCUGUGACGCCGACCUGUGGAAGGACGGCUUAUUCAAAUCCAAGGUCACGCGCUACCUCUGUUUCACCAGAAAAACUGGCGCUGACGUCGUUGUGGACGUGAAGCUGAUUGACAUUAAGGACGCUUUGCCGGAGGGCUUCACACCUGUGGAAGAAACAUUGGACACAAAGGAAACGGCCACGAGGAAGAGGAGGCUCUGCGUGAAAAGCAGCCCCUGUGCGGCCGCUGUGACGGCUGUCUACGACAUCCAGAUGAUUGCCAAGUCCAAGUACCAUCUCGUUAACUACACCUGUAUAGGCGAGAUAAACAGUAUGGGGGUAUGGUACCGAAUGGGAGAUGUUUCUCAGCAUCAGUCCUCCCAGGAAACGUCCAGUACGGCUCACGGGGAUGCUCCAGCCAACACUGCAAGCAAGAGGACCACGAGCAGGCCGGGCGAUGAGCACCAGAGCAGUGGGAACUACACCAUGACGGCUCUGGACGAUGUGCCCUUUGCGAUCCCUAAGAAGUUUUAUGAAAACCCCAAAGAGAUGCAGCAAGUCAAUUUAAUGGGCAUUACGAUCAAAUCCCUGGCAGAGAUCGAGGAGGAAGUGAGUAGAGGCUGCAACGCUCGGCUGCCACUGACGCCGCUGGCCCAGAAUGCAAAGCAAAUGGUCUUGGGGUUGUAAUUAAGUGUCUGAGACAGCGAGGCCCUGUUGGCUCCACUAAGCCCCAAUUGAAUAAAAGCAUGGCCAGGCUAGGCAGCCAUUCUCUCCUACAAGCGCCGUCUUCUGUUCCAAAACACUUGACUUUUAUUCCCCCAGUUCUUCUCUCAAACAGCUCAAUCUAGCACCUUGCACAGCGCUGUAGAUCUCCGGGAGCCUUUUUUCUGGUCAGAUUCUGUACGUUUAACUUUUCAAGUUUCCAAUCAACUUCAUCUUCAGAAGCCAGCGAAAGUUAGAGAUCAUGCAAAGCAAAUACAAGCGCCACAAAGUCCUCCCCAUUUCUGAUGAAACGCUGUAGCCUGCAGGCAUUCGUAGGAGGAAAAUCAACUGUGUGCAGUGUGUUUGUGUGAGCAAGAGAAAGAAAGAGUUGGUUCGUGUGUGUGUGUGUGUGUGCUUUAAAGAGAGUGACAACCCCCCUUCUCUCUCAUUAGCACGGUAUCUCGGUAUCAGAACUGCCAGGAAGUGACAGACCACUGUAAAAAGAACAGGUGCUGUUGGGUUUGAGAUGUGUUACAGAGCAAACACUCCCUCAUCAAACUGGGUGUCUGUUCUGCACUCUGCCUCUGUCUUCUGUCACAUACUAUCCAAAUCACACAGAGUCGCCAUCUUGUCAUAUGGUCAUCUGAAUGAAGCUCAUUGUCAGCGAAGGUAUUAAUGGCGUGUGUGUAUAUGUGUGUGUGUGUGUGUGUGUGUUUUCCAGGGUGGAGACAGGCUGGCUGCUCAUCCUAUAUGCUCUUGUCUUUUCUUUUUUCUUUUUUUUCCUUCCUCCUCUCCUCUCCUUUUCUCGGAGAGCGUGAUUAGCAGGAGGACACAUGGUGAGCUGAGCUGGGGUAGGGAAGGGACAUGAGAAAUCAUUAAUUACAGCCGCGCUGGAGCUGAUGAAGUAAAUGUGAGAUAGUGUAACACAGGAUUUAGUGAAGUGGACGACAGCACAAGAUUAAUGGCGGGGCCAGGCUGAUGAGGAUGAAGUCACAGCUUAGCUUGAUAAUUAGUUUCCAAGUGGAAACAUCCCUCACCAUUGUGUUAUUUUUACUUCUCUCCUGUUAUUAUUAUCCCACACCGAUAUCUGCAGAACAAGGAGGGAAAUAUAGUCAGUGAUAUUCUGGCAGACAUGCUGGACAGCAGAGGCGUUUCUUUUAGAAAGUGAUGCAUGUCUGAACUAUUGUCUUUCUUUCUUUUCUUUGUCUAGUUUUGCUUGUUUUUCUCUAUCAAUGCUCCACUAUAUAUCUAAUGACCGCUAUGCUUUCUGCACUCCCGGGCUCUGCAGAAGUAGCAGCUCAUCCUUAGUAAUACAAAGCCAGAAAGUAACAAUCUAGAAUGUCAGAAAAAAAAGCUCUUUUUGGGAAAGACAUGGUGCCAUAGUUUUCUGAAUAUUGCUGAGCGUUUCCUUCUUCUGUUGUCCAGAAGAGGUCGCUGUCUGUGCUUAACUCUGGAGGGUUUUUUAAACCCUCUUCAGAAACUGGAGGCGCUUUUCAACACAGAAACCUAAUUGCCUCUUUCUAAACCCAUUAAAAAGUACAGAUUCAUGAAAGAGAUGUAAUAUGAAGAAUUCUAUAUAUGCACAUGUAAUUGAGGAAAACUGUUGUAAUCACAGCCACAGUUGUAGAUAAGACCAUUUCCUAACAGGCAUCACUUAAGCCAUGUCUCGGAUGAUGUUGGUUCCAGCAAUUAGGCAUUCUUUUCAUUUCCCAAAUGACUCGCAAAACUUGCGGAUAUUAUAAUUGCUUUUAGCCACGCAUAUCUAAUUUGUGUCUUUUUAAGUGUUAAUUAGUACGCGAUUUAAAGUGACGUCUUUAUGUAGUUUGCUCUGCUGAAAAAUGUUGUUGGCGGCUGGCUAAUGAUUUUCAGAGGGAGUAUGCUAGGGCGGGAAUGCACACAUGACAAGAUUUUCAUUAGCACCUAUGCAUGAUGGGCGUUCAGUGUUUGUGCGUGUGUGUGUUUCUGUGCCCGCGCAUUGCUUGUGUGUGUGUUGCCAUGUGAAUGUAUGGAGGGACAGUAGUGUACAAGGGGGUACGUGAGAGGUGUGAGAGGGAGAGCUCCAAAUAGAGGUGGAAUUAAUGAAGACAACAUGUCACAUAUUUUUGGCAGUGGAGCAGGGACAGGAAAUGAAGCUCUGCUCGUCUGGGUGACUGCCGCCCAUGUUCUAGUGUGUCACUGUCCUGUCAGCCUGUGUAUAAAACUGGCAGACAUUGAUACAUGCUCUCCCUGAUAACACCCCAUUCCCCCAUCCAUCAUCCACACACACACACACACGUGCACACGGGAUUAUUUAUUUACUGUGCCAGAUGUUGAGACUGCAUUUUUGUGUGGUGGGGGGCUGCAUUUCUUCACAACUAACAGGCUUGUGAUAUGUGACAGGUUCUGGGUAACUUGCAGCUUUCCCCCUCAAGUAGAUGAGAAUCAGGGAAAGGUGGUGUUUUGAUGGAGAACCCGGUCUGAGCCAUCGUGGCUUCCGUGGCUUCUGUUGGAGAUUUGGAAACUUGUUCCAGUGAUCAUACAGCAUCACCUAGUGCUGUUCUGCAGUAAUACAGCUGUCUAACUUGGUGAAGUGAGCUCCACUUAGUGUCGCAAAACUGCUCCCAACACAAAAUCAUUAUGUGUUGUUUGUUAUUUACAGUUUGACCAUCAUCUAAUCAAUCAUUAUGCUUUUCAUUAUUGUAGAUUAUUCAAUUGCUGUAGUCGCGCUACUUUAUUUCUUUUGAUCAUUUAUUAAAGAUAUGAUUUAUAUCAUAGAAUUUGGAAAAUGUAUUAUAUAAGUUAUAUGUCUGAGUACUUCUGGGAACUGCUAAUGUUUUUGGGGAAUGUAAAUAAAACUUCUUCUCUUCCGAUACCGGUCCCAGUACCUCUGAUACCGAAUACCAAUCCAAUACCAGUGCACUCUUUUCCAUCCUCUUUAACAUCUGUAUGCCUAUCGGAGUGAAAUCACUGUUAUGUGAGGUAACUUGAGACCAGAGUUUGCUGUGAAGCCAAAGGGAAUGUAACUGAUAGUAGAAGCACUGAAUUUUCUAAUAACAUUAACAAAGACAUAGUUAUUAAUGUGGAUCUGUCACGUUAUGGGCUGUAGGUCUAUAUCAAGGCCAAACACGAUCUGGCGGUUCCUUUUGACCUAGAAUGAUGUUACCUCCAUUUCUUAGAUUUGGGUUUGUGCCAAUAUAGGAGAAAUUAUACUUCUGACACCAACAUCUGAAGGUUCUUCUCAAUAUAGUACCAAAGUUGUUGUUGUUUUGUUUUUACAAUAGAAGGGAGUUAAAAUCAUGAUGUAUAGAAUCCAUGUAACGGCAAAAAAUGACACACUUUCCUGCCUUUAAGCCAAGAAUGUAGUCCACAUGUCAUACCCAUGCCAUGCCAGAAGGGGGCAGUGUUUGUUUGUAUUUUCUCAAUCUUGCUGUAGGUGUAAUUUUAGGCCUGUAGUUUCAAAGUAGGGGAAUAACAUUACACCUACAGCAAGUACCAAUACAGUUAUUAUCUAUAGUUCAAUUUAAUAUCAGUUAAUAACAUUCAGAGAGUUAAAUUACUGUGGUGGUUCUCAGUUUCAUUUUAUGGACAUUUUAUAAAUGUUAUUUUGUUAAU